AUGGCAACGGUGCAGUGCGUGUUGCUGCUCGCCCUUCAUAUUUUGCUGAUUUCCGAGUUCAUACUGGCCAAGAGGGACUACUACGACAUCCUCGGGGUCCCCAAAGACGCCUCGGAACGUCAGAUCAAGAAGGCGUUCCACAAGCUGGCCCUCAAGUACCACCCGGACCGGAACAGAGGCCCGGACGCCGAGGCCAAGUUUAGAGAAAUCGCUGAGGCGUACGAGACGUUAUCAGACGAGAAGAGACGGCGAGAGUACGACCAGUUCGGCCACGGCCCGUCAUCCGGCGGCAGAGGAGGAAACUCCGACUUCAACUUCAGGCAGCGCUACCAGUCGUUUAACUUUGAAGACAUCUUCAAAGACUUUGACCUUUUCGGUCAGCAGCAACACUUCCAAAGCCAUCAUCACGCCCACCAAAAGAGGUUCUUUCGGGAGCCGGCGGGGAAGCAGCAGAGGCGGCCGUUUGGAGGAGGAGGACUGUUUGACGACAUGAUCGAGGACUUGGAGAAGAUGUUCUCCUUUAACCCUCACAAUUCCCGGAGCGAAAGCAGAUUCCAGGGCUCGCCCAAGCUUCACUGCAGGACAGUGACGCAAAGGAGGGGCAACAUGGUAAACACCUUCACCGACUGCUCCUAA